AUGCCAUCUUCCACUUUCAUAGGAAGCAAAAACCGUCAUCAUCGUCCUCCCAAUCGUCGGGCAAAUAGCGCCCUAAGCAGUGCCGCACCGACCACUCUAAACCAGCGCCCCAUUGAUGAAUCCUCUCCUCCGAAUGAGACAGAUGCGGAAUGCUGGGAACGCAUGCUCGCGCUGCAGAAAGAAUACCAUUGCUACAACUCAGCAAGGUUAGAGGCUGCGGUCGAAGCGCUAGAAAAUGGAUGCAAAAUCGAAGAGGUACCUAUUCCACCGAGACAAUGCUUGGAUUUGCUGAAUGAGAGCUUGAAAGCUUGGAUCGAUGCUCAUAGGGAAGGACUCAUUUACUAG